AACUUAGUCAGUUUUUUCAGUUCGUUUUAAACGACCGGUUUUUCUCCUAUUUUCAAAUAGACACUUUUUGGAGGAAAUACAGAAGCAGCUGCGAUAUCGUCGGAGACGGGGAGUGAAUAUCGAAGGUCGAAGAUCGAGGAUGAUCGAAGUGGAAGAGGAAGAGACUACAGUACUCUGCUCACUGGGUUGAGACGAAAUGAGGAAAGUGCAAUUAAGAGUAUAUCAGAGAAGGAAGGUUUUUGUGAUUUCGUCUUUUCGAUUUCCGACAAAAUCGGGUGAGUAAGCGAUAUAGAAGGGAAGAAUAGGCAGUAGUCCCAUCGGGAUUGGACAACUCAUACUCAUAGAGUGAUUCCACACCAUUUGAUUUCGAUUAUCACCAUUGAUAAAUACCUCCGAACGAUACAUUCCAUGGAAGUUAUGGUUAGCGCAGAGGAAGACGAAGACGGAAGGCGCGGCCUCCUUCAAAUUGCCUAUGACAACGUCGUUCGUAGGACAAAGCAGCGGAGGAAGCAGUGUCUAGCCAUGGAUUCGUUGAAGAAAGGUGUAUUCCGUCGCUUGUCCAUGAUCUCUCCUUUUCAUCACAAUCUGUCUGCAGAUAGAAGAGAGUUAAUCGAAGCCCGUCUCUGUGCUUUAAUCCCUCAGAUAAUCGAGCGCACCCCUAAUCACCCUCCUUAUGCUGAGAUGAUACAGAGAGCUAUCGAGAUGUUGGAAGAAGGUAGUGGUUCCACUGAAGAAUCAAUUUCGAUUUAUAUUACAUCAACCUAUACAGACCUGCCGUGGGCUCAUUCGCAUCUUCUUCCUCAACAUCUCCGCAGACUCACUGAAGCUGGUGAGAUAAUAUCCGCUCCUAAUUCUCGUUAUUCACUCGCAUUAUUAAACCCUAGCAAUAGCACUGAGCGGUUCCAGCAGCCUCAUGACGAUGACAAUGUUGUUGAUGCCUUCCCGGCAAUAACCAUGGGGACCGGGCCUCCUCCUGGAAAACCUAGGAAGGAGCCCUCAAAGAGACCGCAACGGCGGAAGAGAGGACGAGGGAACUGUACUAAGAAACCUAGGUCUGAACAGCAAGAAAGCCCACAAGAAGUACAAGUGGAUACAGAAAGGAAACAGCCCUCAUUACCUCCGCGGCCACAGCCGCAGCAGAGGCAGCGAGGUGGGCUUUCUAGAAAGCGUGGGCGCGGACAACAAACACACCCUGGAGAAGCAAUUAGAACCGAAUAUUUUGAUGUAGAAGGCUCAAUUGUCCAUCCCAAUGAGCAGCCGGAUGUUGGGUCAGGGGAGAAGGUGAUGGAGUUGGAGGCCUCAAUUAUGGAAUUUGAGGAGGCUCUACAGCAAAAGCGUGUAAGGCGUAGCCGUCGGGGACAGAAGCAGCCAGAAGAGGCUAAUGGAACUGAAACAAAGGGAUCAGUUGAUCAUGUUGAUGGUGAUGGCUUGCUGAUCCAACCCGUUGAGGAGUGUUUUCGGCUCCUGCAGUCAUCUAGUUCUCUUGUUCGACGGAGCCGGCGUGGACAGAAGCAACCAGAAGAGGCUAUUGGAACUGACACUAAGGGAUCAGUUGAUCAUGAUAGCUUGAUGAUCCAACCCAUUGAGGAGAAUUUUCCGCUGCUGCACUCAUCUAGUUCUCCUGGAGAACCAGUGAACCAACCAGAAGAAGUGAGGAGUGUUGCUAGUGAUGUCGCUAAUAACGAUAGUAUGUCUAUGGUCUCAUGUAGCGAGGCAAAUGGGGCUGCGGUAGGAGAGACGGGACUGUCUAUAACUAAUGCUGAGGAGUUUUUGCAGACGGUGCUGCCAAAGAGUUCUAGAGAACAAGUGAAAAAAGCAGAAGUGAGAACCACUGCUAGUGAUUCUAAUGACUCUUUGAUGGCCUUAUCCAGUGGGCCAAUUAUAGCUGAGAUGGAGGCCAAGGGAGCUUUAGCUUCAGUGGGAGAAGAUGGUGAGCCAUUUCAGACACAGCGACAGCUGCUACCAAGUUCCUGUAUCGAUGAGGAGCUAAAUCAUCCAGAGUUGGGAAGCUUUGCUACUGAUGUUUGUAACGAUCGUUUGAUAGUCUUAUCCCGUGGAAAUGCUGCGGUGGAGAAGAAAGAUCCUGUAUCUGAGUGCUGGCAGAUCUCGCAGCAGCAGCAUUUGAGUGCCCUUGUGCAUGAGCGGCAAAAACAUCCAGAAGUGGGAAGCGCUGCUUCUGUUGCCAACAAUGAUGACUUGGUGGUUUUAUCAAUUGGGUCUCUCCCGGUUGUGGAAAAUGUGGUGAACGAAAAGGAGAAGCCCGAAGAACAGCUGCCUCAGGAACAACAAUUUUCCUUCCAAUGUACUGGUGAUGAUGAUGAUGUUAUUGUGGAAUUUUCUUGGAACCCCAAGUCUCUUAUGAAGGAGAAAGAGGGGAAGCCAAACAAGAAAUCUGCCUCAACGAGGCGGUAUAGUUUACGUCUUGCAGAACAAUGUCAGCAAGAAGAGGACGCCCAUACUGAGCCCCAGACUGGUGUAGUGCUUGCUCUACCUGUCGUGAAAAAAGAGUGGGAGGAGGAAGCUUCUGUGAUUGAGGCAACAGGGAAAAAGAAGGAGAAGCAGCCAUCAGAGAGGCAGCAAAAGCCAAACAGGAAAGCCGGCAAAGAGAAGGAGAAGCGGCCAUCAGAGCUGCUGCAAAAGCCAAAAAGGAAAGCUAAGAAUCUCACGAAAGAAAAGAAUGAGUCAGGAACAAAAUCAGAGCUUUCACAGCAGCAGCAGAAGCAGCAACCUAAGCGUCACAGAGAAGAGCAGAAGGAAUCAGGAACAGGAAUGGAACCUUCACAGAAGAAACAGCGAGAUAAGCAUCGCAAGGAGGAACCAAAAGAAAUGGGAAGAGAAACGGACCUUUCACAGCAGCAAGUGCCAAAGGGGCAGAGAAAGCGAGGUAGGCCUCCCAAAGGACCGGGGCUCCAGCAGAAGCAACAAACGCCAAAGGGGCAGAGGAAGCGAGGUAGGCCUCGCAAAGAACCGGAGCUCCAGCAGAAGCAGCAAGGGUCCGAGGGGCAGGAUGGAAGUAUCGAGAAAAAAUCAAGUCAAAUGGGAAAGAAAAUCACGCCAUUGAACAUGAAUGCAGCUGCCAGGGUUGGUGAUGUUCAAUCCGGAAAAACUCAGAUGUCUGAAAUAGAUCAGGAGCCAUCAGAGCCACAGAAGAAAGCAAGGGGUCGAGGCAGGCCACCCAAGAAGAAGGAGGUCCCUGUGGAGACAACUGUCGAGGUUUCAAGGUCAAGGUUGAGAAAGGCCUCAUAACAAACAGAAAAUACUUAAACUUGUUGCUCUGUGGUGUGACAUUGGCACUGAUGCGGCUCUGCCUGCUUGGAAUCUUACUGUACAUGCUUGUUUAAGUUACUGGUAUAUCCUUUUUUGUGUUUAUGUCCACUCUAGGUAGUUUGCCCUGCACUGUCAAGUGGUGAAUACAAGUAAAUAUUUUGCAAUUCAAUGGCAACUCCAGGUACAAUAGUUGAUAAUCAUCUCUGCCGGAGUUACAGUUUGUUUGAAUGGCAAAUGCUUGAUUAGCAACCACUAGUAAAAGAGGUUUCUGGAUCAUUUAUAUUUGCUAUGCUGGUAGCUCAUUAGUAGGAACUUAAUUUAUUGGAAUUUGUCUUUCCUGAGCAA